AAAGCAACACUUCCUAGUACACACGCGAAUCGAAAAUACUGUCUCACCAUGAAGUUGUUUUUUGAAGCGAAUUACAAUGCGAUUGCUGCCAGUGUGCCGACUCUCAGUAAUGCCACUACAGCCGUGUAUGCUACCACAGAGCAGGUAAAGAUGGUGACGGCAAGAGAGCUCGCUGACACGACGUAUGACGAUAUAACUAUUAUUGGCGCCGCAGCGUGUAUGACUAUUAUGAUGUUGGUGUGUGUCGUCCUCGCUAUCCGUUCAGUUAUAAGUACAAAAUACAAAAAAGAAAAGGAAUAUUCGAUGUCUAAUACACAGGAUUCCGGUGAGAAUGGUGAAGAUCCCUUUGUCAUAAAUCUACGAGAAAUGGGAAUGAUUUGAUCGAGUGGAGAUGACGUCAUAUGUCAAGCAUUCACAGUGCCUGGAGUGAAGUCAUCGUUGCCACAGCAACCGGAGUGAAGUUUUAUUUCGUAAUGUGUUGAAGUGUGUUCUUAUAGUGUUCAUUCCACAUACAAACUGUACAGGGCGGAUCUUAAUUUAGACAAUUUUAGUCUAAGCUUGUCUGUAACGAUAAUGUAAUCUUCACAAUAAUUCAAAAUAUAUCGUGCACUCGUUGAGUGUAAUCUGUGAAGAAAACUGCCAAUUAGUUAUCUUUUU